AUGGAAAAAAUGCCUCCUCCCGAUUACAACCAGGCUGACGCCGGAGAAAAAGAGACGACAGAUGUCUAUCAUCUAGAGAAGCAUGGCAGUGCGCUGGCAGAUGGCGGCUCCGACGACGACAACUGCGGCUUCACGGAAGAGCAGCAGCACAACAUCAUCAAGCGUAUUGAUCGCCGUCUUGUGCUCACUGUGGGUGCCCUGUACUGCGUCAGCCUCAUGGACAGAGUCAACAUGAGCGCCGCCAACAUUGCUGGCAUGGCCAAAGAGUUGGAACUUACUGGCUUCAAAUAUGCUAUUGCCAAUCUCGUCUUCUUCAUCACGUACAUCAUUUUCCAGCCCCCGUCGACCAUCCUGAUUCGUGCUGUCGGCCCGCGUCGACACCUUUCGACAAUUACGUUUCUCUGGGGUGUCGUCACUUUGGGCAUGGGCUUCACCAAGAACCAUGCCCAGCUUUCCGCGCUGCGAGCUAUUCUAGGCAUAUUUGAAGCUGGCUUUUUCCCCAGUGCUGUGUACUUGCUUAGCACCUGGUACACACGAUACGACAUCGGCAAGCGGUACUCUGUGUUUUACAUUGUAGGAUGUGUAGCUUCGGCCUUCUCUGGCGUUCUUUGCUACGGUCUCAUGCAACUCAGCGGAAAAGGCGGUCUCACCGGCUGGAGGUGGAUCUUCCUCGUCCAAGGUCUCAUCACCGUCACUUUGGCCAUUGCUGCCUACUGGCUCCUCGUCGACUUUCCCGACUCAGACCGCCCCACGUGGAGGUUCCUGGGCAAGGACGAGCUGCGGUGGGUGGUGUCGCGCAUCAACAAGGACCGCGGCGACGGCGGAGUGACCAAGUUCGACCUCAAGAAGUUCUUCCGCCACAGCCUCGACAUCAAGAUUUGGGUGUUUGCCAUGAUCUUCUUCAACACGACCACCAUCACCUACGCCCUGGCCUACACGAUGCCUCUCCUCCUCAUCGGCAACAUGGGCUUCUCCGUCGGCCAGGCGCAGUGCCUCGUCGCGCCGCCCUACAUUUUUGCCGGCAUUGUCAUGUUCACCAGCGGCUGGAUCGGCGACCGCUUCCGCUUCCGCGGCCCGCUCAUCAUCUUCAACAUGCUGCUGUGCCUGACCGGCCUGCCCAUCAUGGCGUGGCAUCCGAGCGCAGGCGUGCGCUACUUUGGUGUCUUCCUCGUCACGGCCGGCGCCAACUGCAACGUCCCCACCGUCAUGUCCUUCCAGGCCAACAACCUGCGCGGCCAGUGGAAGCGCGCCUUUUGCAGCGCCACGCUGGUUGGCUUUGGCGGCAUCGGCGGCAUCGCUGGCAGUCUCAUCUUCAGAGAGCAGGACAAGGCCACGGGCUACAAGCCGGGCAUGUAUGCGUGCAUGGCAUGCGCUGGUUUGAGCAUUCUGCUCGUUCUGGCCUGCGAUUUAGGUUUCAAGGUUGCCAACUCCAAGGCGGAUAAGGGAGGCAAAGUUCCCGAGAGCCAUGACGAUGAUGAUGCUCCCGACUUCCGCUACACUUACUAA